UGAACGAACUUUACCCAAAUGCUACUGCUGAAGACUUUAGUCGCUCUAACGAUAGAACAUGCAUUAUUUGUAGAGAGGAGAUGCAUAUAGCCGACAAUAACGAAACACCUAAUGAGGGCAAUGCUGAUGCUACUCUUAACAGAAACGAGCAGAAUCAUGAUCAAGCAAAGAAACUGCCUUGUGGACACAUUUUCCACUUUAACUGUCUACGUAGUUGGCUUGAGAGACAACAGACAUGUCCUACAUGGUAAGUUUACGAAUUAUAAAAGAUGAAUGCAAUGCUUAUAAUUUCCAUUAGUCGUCGCUCUGUCCUCGCAGAUAACAGUAAGCUUCUUAACCAGAACAUAAGAAUUUAUUACUUAUUAUCAAUAGAUAAUACCUCUUCUCAAGAAAAUAAUGGCGUACAACAGCAAGACCAGCAACAGCAACAGCAACAACAACCAAAUCAACAGAAUGAUCCAUCAAGAAUAAAUCUAAGCGCUCCCGUUGGUAUAGGAAGUGAAAAUAGAAAUGAACAGGGACAAACACUGCUUAGUACACAAAACAUACAGUCUAUGCUUUUUAAUCCUACCUCAGCGCAAGCGACAACCUUACCAGCAAUGAUUCCUUUAACACCAUCUACAUCACAAACCCAGGUAGGGUUACCUUCAUAUCCAUACAGCCUGGCUGGGACUGUACCAUCAGAACUUACAGAAGAGCAACUGAAGACUAUGUCAUGCAUCACUAGAGAAUCUUUAGUAGCGCAACUAAAGCUUUUGGGAGAUGUACAAAACCAAAUCUUCAAUUCAAUGCAAGUUCUUACACAAGCUCUAAGUAUCAUUCCUGAUAUAAACAGUAUGCCCAGCAAUGAGGAAAGUAACUCAGCAGAAAAGAAGCAAGAAGCGUCAUCAUCAUUUACUAGUAAUGAAAGUUACAAAACACCAAAUGAUGAAGACCAUGAAGAAGAUAUAAGCAGUAGACGAAAAGAAAAAAUGCCUGAUCGAACUUACAAUACAACUUUAAGUUCUGAGCAAGAAGAUCUUGCUUUUUCCGACAGCUAAGUUAAUAUGAUUAUAUUGCUUGAUUUCCAACAAUAAAAAUACCGU